AUGGAAGCCGAGCUGAAUGAGACCGUUCCCUGUACCAAUGAGACCCUGGGCAACAUGUUUGUCCAGCCCACAUGGCAAGUGUGUCUCUGGGCAAUCGCCUACUCGGUUAUCGUGCUGACGGCGGUGUGCGGCAAUGUGAUCGUCGUGUGGAUCAUUCUGGCGCACCGGACAAUGCGAACUGUCACCAACUACUUUCUGGUGAACCUGGCGGCGGCGGACGCCUCCAUGGCUGCCUUCAACACCGCUUUCAACUUCAUCUAUGCCGUUCACAAUGACUGGUACUUUGGUCUACACUACUGCCGCUUCCAGAACUUUCUGCCCAUCACAGCCGUCUUCGCCAGCAUCUACUCGAUGACUGCCAUCGCCUUGGACAGAUACAUUGCCAUCAUCUACCCCCUGAAGCCGAGACUUUCAUCCAGCUCAACGAAGAUAGUGAUUGUUGUCAUUUGGCUCCUGGCUCUGGCCCUAGCAUUCCCACAGUGUUUUUAUGCUCGGAUAGAGUACUUGGGCAGCAGAAUCAUCUGUAUAGUGGACUGGCCUGGAGACGUUGGAGGACAACAUCAACUGGCGUACCAGCUGGUGGUGAUAGCAUUGAUUUACCUGAUGCCACUGAUAGUCAUGGGAGUCACAUACACAAAGGUGGGAUUAACACUAUGGGCCAGUGAAAUACCUGGAGACUCAACAGAGAGAUAUCAUGAGCAGCUAAAAGCAAAACGAAAGGUCGUAAAGAUGAUGAUUGUCGUGGUUUUGACCUUUGCCGUUUGCUGGCUGCCCUACCACUUGUAUUUCAUCCUGGGAAGUUUUAACAAAGACAUCUACUUUAAAACAUACAUCCAACAAGUGUACCUGGGGAUAUUCUGGCUUGCCAUGAGCUCCACCAUGUAUAACCCCAUCAUUUACUGCUGCUUAAACAACCGGUGA